AUGUCCGGCGGCGGAAGAGGAGGAGGAGGGGAGGCGGAGGAGGUGGUGCACAUGGAGGACGCGGUGAAGAUGCUCGUGGAGCACCUCGUGAAGCCCGUGCUGCCGCGGGGCGCGAUCUUUGGCGCCGCCCAGGGGGAGCGCCACAUGGAGCCGGACAAACAGCGCGCCGUCGCGCAGCAGAUUCACACGGCCAUCAUCUUGUACAACUACUACCACAGGAAGAUGUCGCCGCAGCUUGCUUUUGCAGACGCCAAGCGUUUUUUUGUGUGUGCUUCUCUUUCUGCUGGAGAGGAUCUGCUUGCGUACUUGAGUAUGGUUCAUGAGCGUGAGAACAAUCCUGGCAAGCAUGUGAGGCUAUCUGUUACUGACAGAGCAGCAAUACAGGCAUGUGAGAUCGCUGAAGAACUCGACGCGAGCAAAGAUUCUCCAGACAUGGCAACGUGGCCAAUAUCAAAAGUUGCUGUGCUUCUUCUUGAUCCGACAAGAAAAAAAUGUUUGAUUGAGUAUAGUGCUAAUACCAAGGGUAUCUGGUCAAUCAUAGAGAAGGAAAUAGAUGCAACAGCUGGCAAUUCACACAGUACCAACCAGCCAGCAGGCCAGGAAUCAACAGGUAAAGGAAACGUGGGUGCUCUGAAUACACCAUAUAUGCUUCGUCAACAAGCCUAUUCAGAGGUGGAACGUAGAACAGGUAUGAAGGGCUCAAACUUGCGUCUUCUCGAUGAAACUUUGGCAUACUCGUUGAGUAAAGAAAGGACAACUACCAAGUUAUUUAUUGUGGAGUAUGAGCAAACCAUGGAAGGCAACCUUGUAGAAAUGUGUCUAGAAGAGUUGAUUAGCAGUAUGACUGGUCCGCUAUUUGCAAAUGAUCCAUUUCCAAAAACAACAUCUGUAGUUGAGUAUUAUCACAUUCUUCCGUAUAAGGAGAUUUUGUUUGAACUCCUCCACAGGAAAUGGCCUUCUGAUUCUCCACUGAACGAACAAUCACAUCGACAUGGAAAAGGUUCAUUGCACUCUGUAAUAGAUGAAAAUGUGGAAGAGCAAGAUGUGAAUAGCACAUCUAAGAUGCAAAAACGAAUUACAAAAGUGUCAACUCCAAAGCAAAGCAAACAAGCAAUUGCUGCCAAUAGCAACCAGGACUACAGGACCAGCAAGCACAAGAGAAACAGCAAAAGAAAAUCUGAAGCCUCCAGGGCCGAUGUCUGUGCUGAGGGUCCAGAUGCUGAGAUCCACACAAUAGAAAAUGGUCCACCUCCUGUUAUUAUUGAUUUGGAAACUUCAAAACCCCUGACUAAGUCAAGAAAUACAAAAGCUGCUGCAGCAGCAAAUCGAGAAACUAAAAUCCUACAAGCCGUGGAUAAGAACAAAACACAGAAGCAGUCUAGACGUGACAAUGUGCCCCAAGAUGUCUUUCCUGCAGAGGCACCACAUGUUGAUCUAAUGAAGAACCGUGCUUUGGAACAUCAAAAUAUGGAUGUGUCAGAAAAGUCAGGUGGCACCACUGAGUACACCAAUGACCAGAUAUAUGAUUCGCUGCAAUCAAUUCAGAAAAUACGGGAUGAGAUUCUUCGCAAGGAAUGCAUACUUCAAGAACGAAGUGCUCAGUGUGAUAUGGACAUUCAGACAAUCUUGAGUGAAGGGAAGAUGACACCAAAAACUGCAUCAAUAAUACACAAAUACAAGGAAACUUGCUCAGAUAUGAUGGAUGUUGCCAAUUCAUCUUCCUCCGGAGAUGGUGGCCAAUCCAUCACUCAGAGGAAGGGAUUGAGGGAGGCACUCCUCCGACGCAAUUCAUGCGAGGAGCUUGAUGAGAUCUGCCGUGGGGGCAAUUGGAUAUUCCCAAGAUACACAGUAGUACCUUCAGUAUCAGAUGGAAUGUUCCACGCCAGUGUACGUUUGACAUGCCCUGAGUUUGAGAUGAGCAUCACUGGUGGCCCUCGUCCGACCGCACACGAGGCAAGGUGCUCAGCAGCUGCCAAUAUGAUACUGGAGCUUCACAAGAAGGCGGAGGAGCAAGAACAGUAG